GCACUUUAAUACGAUACGAUGUACAAAAUAGUAAAUACACAAAGUCUCUCUUCUUCGCCACCACCGCAUUUUGGCGCUGCCGUCUCUCAGUUUUCUCCAGAAGCUAUUCUGUCAGGAGCAGUCCCAAGUUUCUUCUUCUCAGUACGAACAAAUCUUUGUUUUCUUGGUACAAAAAGGAUAGUGAUAUUCCCGAUACUCAGUGAAUCAUUCAACUUAUUGGUAGGUUUUGCAAGAAACACAAGAAGUAUGGCUUUGACAAACUUCAUACUCACUGUUGCUGGUGUAAGUGCGGUGGUUCUUCUGCUGAGGAGUGAUGUGAAGCAAUCAGCUACCAUCUUCAGGCGCAAUGUCAAACAUAUCCGUAAGUGGCUUGAAGAAGAAUCUGCCAAUGCCCCCAAAAUCACCAAGGAACUGGAAUCAAAAGCUUCACCAAAGGAGAUCCCCAAGGAGGACAAGCACUAGUGUUGAUAUGGGCAUCCUGGGUUGUUCACAACCGUUGGCUAUUCGUUCCUUUUCUUUAGGAAUAAGUCUUUGAUCAAUGCCUGGAUUUUCUGUUGAUAUCUUGUUUUUGGUCUUUGGAUUUACGGAUAUGUAACUAGUAAUUACUGAGAAAGCUCUGUAUUUUUGUAACUAGUCAUACGCGCAGUUGUUAUGACUUUAUGUUGAGAAGAGAUUCUGGCAUACAAUAGAAGCCUUCCAUCAUGCCCAGUGAAUAAGAUAGAACCUUCAGCUUUUUCCUGAA